ACCACCGGCGGGACCAUGCUGACUUUGCUGACUUCCAUGUAUCUCGUGGUGCGGGCGGUUUCCUCGCAGACUGAACCAAUCCGUGUUGUGGUGACCGGCGCUGCUGGCCAGAUUGCCUACUCCCUGCUGUACAGCAUCGAAGGAGAUGUGUUCGGGAAGGACCAGCCAAUCAUCUUGGUCCUGCUGGACAUCCCCCCCAUGCUGCCGGUGCUGGAGGGAGUCGUCAUGGAGCUGCAGGACUGCGCCCUCCCACUGCUGAGGGAGGUGAUCCCCACUGACAAGGUGGAGGUGGGCUUCAAGGACAUCGACGCCGCCAUCUUGGUGGGCUCCAUGCCCAGGAAGGAGGGGAUGGAGAGGAAGGACCUGCUGAAGGCCAACGUGGCCAUCUUCAAGACGCAGGGAUCCGCCCUGGACAAGUACGCCAAGAAGACCGUGAAGGUUUUAGUGGUUGGAAACCCGGCGAACACCAACUGUCUGAUCGCCUCCAAGUCUGCUCCAUCCAUCCCCAAAGAGAACUUCUCCUGCCUGACCCGACUGGACCACAACAGAGCCAGCUCCCAGGUGGCGAUGCGUUGCGGCGUGUCCUCCGACAAAGUGAAGAACGUCAUCAUCUGGGGGAACCACUCCUCCACCCAGUACCCCGACGUCCACCACGCCAAGGUCAACGUCCACGGCACCGAGACGGCCGCCUACGACGCCGUCAAGGACGAAGCCUGGCUCAGAGGAGACUUCAUCUCUACGGUGCAGCAGCGCGGUGCAGCCGUCAUCAAAGCCAGGAAGCUGUCGAGCGCCAUGUCUGCUGCCAAGGCCAUCUGCGACCACAUGAGGGACAUCUGGUUCGGCACCAAGGAGGGUGAGUUCAUCUCCAUGGGCGUGUACGCUGGCGGAAACUCCUACGGCAUCCCAGAGGACCUCAUCUACUCCUUCCCCAUCCAGAUCAAGAACAAGACCUGGAAAUUUGUUGACGGACUCUCCAUCAACGACUUCUCCCGCGCCAAGAUGGACGCCACAGCGGCGGAGCUGGUGGAGGAGCGAGACACCGCCCUGGACUUCCUGUCCCAGUGACUGUCGCCCCCUGCUGGCCAGCGACAGCACUUAGCUCCCCUGAAGUCUCUCUGCUCGCGCCUCUGAAGAAGAAACCCUCCACUCUUGUUAACCGUCCUAGCUGCCGUGUCCGUUUGUGUGCGAGUGUGUGUGUGUCAGUAUGUGAGUGUGUGUGUGAGUGUGUGUAACUAGGCCACUUCUUCAGGUGUUCAGAAAACCUGUUUAAUGCCCACAACCUGGCCUCCUCCGUCUGCAAGACACCGAGAGAAUGUCUCUGUUGGUAGAUGAUAACACACACUAGCUCUCCAGAAACUGUAACGGAACAAGUUAUCACCAAUAAAACAACAAGAACAGAACAAAA